AUGUCUUCAAUCGAUUUCAAAUCUACCAAAUCCGUCGCCAAAGACGACCACCUUUACACUAAAUUCACCUAUGAAAACUCAUUGGUUGAAAAGGAUGCUCAAGGUAAAUUUCACGUUACUCCCACAUCGGUUGAUUAUGAUUUCAAAUUGGAUUUAAAAGUGCCCAAAGUUGGGUUAUUGUUGGUUGGUUUAGGUGGAAACAAUGGUACCACUUUAAUGGCGUCGAUCUUGGCCAAUAAGCACAAUAUCUCAUUUGAAAAUAAGGAAGGUGUUGUUAAGCCAAACUACUAUGGUUCGGUUACACAAAGUUCUACAAUCAAGAUUGGUGUUGAUGCUGAUGGUAAUGAUGUUUAUGCUCCAUUCAAUUCUAUUGUUCCAUUUGUUAACCCUAAUGAUUUGGUGGUUGAUGGUUGGGAUAUUUCGGGGAUGGAAUUGGAUCAAGCCAUGAAGAGAGCCAAAGUGUUGGAUGUUACUUUACAAAAGCAAUUGGUGCCACAUUUAAAAGGUAAAAAGCCAAUGGAGUCUAUCUACUAUCCUGAUUUCAUUGCUGCCAACCAAGGUGAUAGAGCUGACAAUGUUUUCAACAAGGUUAAUGGUGAAGUCAAGACUGAUGAUAAAUGGAAAGAUGUUGAAAAGAUUAGAAAGGAUAUUAGAGAUUUUAAACAAAAGAAUGGAUUGGAUAAAGUUAUUGUCUUGUGGACGGCAAACACUGAAAGGUAUGCUGAUGUAUUGCCUAAAGUUAAUGAUACUGCUGACAAUUUAAUUGCCGCUAUCAAAUCCAAUCAUGAAGAGAUUGCCCCUUCCACCAUUUUCGCUGUGGCUUCAAUUUUGGAAAAUGUUCCCUACAUUAAUGGAUCACCACAAAAUACAUUUGUCCCUGGUGUCAUUGAAUUGGCUGAAAAGCAUCAUUCAUUUAUUGGUGGUGAUGAUUUCAAAUCGGGCCAAACCAAGAUCAAAUCGGUGCUUGCUCAAUUCCUUGUUGAUGCUGGUAUCAAACCAUUAUCAAUUGCAUCAUACAAUCAUUUGGGAAACAAUGAUGGAUACAAUCUUUCAGCACCAAAACAAUUUAGAUCCAAGGAAAUUUCAAAACAAUCAGUUGUUGAUGAUAUGAUUGAAAGUAACGAAAUCUUGUACAAUAAAGAGUCGGGUGAUAAAGUUGAUCAUUGUAUUGUUAUCAAGUAUUUACCAGCUGUGGGUGAUUCCAAAGUUGCCAUGGAUGAAUACUAUUCCGAAUUGAUGCUUGGUGGCCACAACAAGAUUUCCAUCCACAAUGUGUGUGAAGAUUCUCUUUUGGCUACACCAUUGAUUAUUGACUUGGUUGUAGUGACUGAGUUUUUGCAAAGGGUUCAAUACAAGAAACUGAGCGAGUCUGAUCAAGAGUAUCAUGAUUUCUAUGCCGUGUUGACGUUGUUGAGUUAUUGGUUGAAAGCACCAUUAUCAAGACCAGGGUUCAAGACUAUUAAUGGAUUGAAUAAACAGAGACAGGCAUUGGAGAAUUUGUUGAGAUUGUUGGUUGGAUUGCCAAUUAAUAACGAGUUGAGAUUUGAGGAGAGAUUGGUUUAA